UAACCGCUUUCACGCUCAGAUGAUCCUCAUGACCACAUUCCCGUUUCAAUCGGUUAAAAAAUCUGCCUCGUUGUUCCUACAAAAGACCCUCCCCGCCUUCCCCAACUCUACAAUGACAGUCGACAAAGACGGGCGUCCUACUUCUCACGACGUGAUCACAGAAUCUUCUUUUGAUCGUGCCAACCCUGCUUGACCGUCUGGCAAGCCCGUCUCGCCAGAAUGGCCAACGUUGACAUUCACCCAAGGUCAGCUCAUCCAUUUCCAAAGACCCUGAGGGAUGGCCGUACCUACCACAAUGACGAUGCGACAAACGAGCAUAUGUCUGCAGGGAGGUAUGCCGCAACUCGCGUCAGCACCUUGAAGCCGCCAAUGGAUAAGGUUGCCAACCCGUUCGCGCUGUUGGCGAUGCUCAACACUCAACAAUGGUUGUUCUUCCUGGUUGCAUUCCUUGCUUGGUCAUGGGAUGCUUUCGACUUCUUCACCGUGUCCUUGACGGUCUCAGACUUGGCCGAGACCUUCAACAAGUCGAACACGGACAUCACCUGGGGUAUUACCUUGGUUCUUAUGUUUCGAUCUGUGGGAUCAACCAUCUUCGGUAUCGCUGCGGACCGAUAUGGACGCAAAUGGCCUUUUAUCAUCAACAACGUCCUUUUCAUUAUCCUCGAACUGGGAACAGGCUUCACCCAGACCUAUGGCCAAUUCUUGGCCGUGCGUGCCUUGUUUGGUAUCGCUAUGGGUGGAUUGUAUGGCAACGCUGCAGCUACAGCGUUGGAGGAUUGCCCCGCGCCUGCUCGAGGUAUUAUCUCCGGUAUGCUUCAACAAGGCUACGCUUUUGGCUAUCUUCUCGCCACCGCCUUCUCCCGUGGACUCGUGAACACAACCUCCCAUGGCUGGAGACCUCUUUUCUGGUUCGGCGCAUGUCCGCCGAUUCUUAUCAUCAUCUUCCGAUUGUGUCUUCCUGAAACCAACACUUUCCGCGCUCGUCAGGCGCUCCGACAACAGCAGGGAAGUGUCGCCGGCACUUUCCUCUCGGAAGGACGUGUCGCUCUGAAGCGGCAUUGGCUGCUGUUGGUCUACUUGGUUCUGCUCAUGGCGGGCUUCAACUUUAUGUCUCACGGUUCGCAAGAUCUGUAUCCCACCAUGUUGACGAAUCAAUUCAAGUUCUCGGCCAACGCGGUCACGGUCACUCAAGUCGUUGCCAAUCUGGGCGCCAUGACUGGUGGUACCAUAGUCGGAUACUGCUCUCAGAUUUUUGGCCGACGUUUCAGCAUCAUUUUCAUCUGCGUCAUCGGUGGCGCACUGCUAUAUCCGUACACGCUUACAUCAAGCAAGGCUGUCAUCGCAGCGGCGUUCUUUGAACAGUUCUGCGUCCAAGGUGCAUGGGGCGUUAUUCCAAUCCACCUGAUGGAACUGGCCCCGGGCUCGAUCCGCACAUUCGUCGUGGGGACUGCGUAUCAGCUUGGAAACCUGGCAUCCUCGGCUUCUUCCACCAUUGAAUCUACCAUUGGGGAACGAUUUCCCCUCGAACCACUGCACGGCAAGAAUGGUAAGAUCACUAAGCGGUACAAUUACGGCAAGGUUAUUUGUAUCUUUAUGGGCGCAGUAUACGCCUAUACCAUCCUGUUGACCUUCUUGGGCCCGGAGAAGAGAGGUAACACGUUGGACGCUGAGCACGACCCAGAUAUGGCCGAGGUCACACACCGUGAUCUCAGACAUCAACAUCACACUGAUGUCGCUCAUGGAGACUCCAGCGAAAACGACGAGAAGACGGUGAAGGAGCAGGAGCAGGUGGCCUAAGGCGCAUACGGGCUGUUGGUAGCGGGGUCGAUGUACUGAAGAGGGAAUGGUAUAUCCUGAAUCUUGAACGAUGUCAUGACUGUUGGCGACGAGGAGAAUUGACCCUGCCAGCCCCUAGAUAGAGGGAGAGAGAUGA